CCCAUCGGGGCCUUUUUCGAGUGCCUCUGCACGGCGCCCUGCAAGGCCUGCUCGGGCCUCUCGUGUUCGAACCCCCUCUCGUCCUUUGUGGUGACCACGGUGCUGGUCCAGCUCCCGGUCGUUGUCCUCUCCGCGAUGGAGCUGGGCGGCCUGGGGAGCUGCCGGGCGAGCCGGUGGCUCCUGGGGAUGCUGGUGGCGGGCCUCUCCCACCUGGCCGCGGGAUUUUACCUCGCGGCCAGGACCGGGAACGCCACCGACGAGGCCCUCCGGCACAGGCACCGGGCCACGGAGCGGAUCGGGUACCUGCUCUGCCACGAUCCGUGGAUCGCCGCGUACCUCCUGGUGGCAAUCUUUUACUUUUCGUGGCUCUGCGUGGGCUCGAGCCGGUCCAUCAACGGGUACUUUGCCGAGGACUACGGGAGCGCCGGGGGCUGCGGGAGCGACGCCCGGGACCGGGUGUCCGCGGUCCUGGGGCUCGGCUGGUUCUACCUCUUUGCCGGCCCGACGGUCCUCUCCUGCACCGUCUGCUGCGCGAGCUGCUGCGACAAGAAGGACUACGCGGCGGACGAYGAAGCCUUUGCCGCGGCGGAAGCGGGAAGGCAGAGCACGAAGCGCCCGUCGAAGCCUUCCRGCGAAGGCACACCGGGCGCCGGGGCCCCACCGGACACCGGACCGCCGAGGACCUACUCGGCGGAGGGGAUCCCCAUCGACCGCAAGGACGACGACGACGACGAGAGCGAGGUCGUCCAGGCGGAGGCCGUGGUCGAGGGAGAGGUUCUGCCCCCGCCCGUGAUGCCGCCGCAGUCCAAGAAGGACGACGCCGCGGCCGCCCCCACGACCGGAACCCCGCCCGCCGCCAAGACCAAGCGGUGGUUUGGACGGGGCAGGGGCAAGAAGGACGGCGAAAAGGACCCGGGGGUUCCCGACGCGAAAGCAACCGUGUACUAGGGAAACGGAACGGAACGGAUCUCCUCCUCCCGGGUGGAAUGGAAGGUUAUCCGGCGCGGCACGGGAAUGAUGGCCGGAAGGGUUUGCGUGCGGUGGCGACGCCGUGCCGUCGCACCCUGCCGGGUAGUUUUGUGGAUUGUAAAAAGAAAAAAGAAAAAACGUU